AUGUACUUGACAGGGGCACACAAUAUCGUCCCAUCGAAGGAAAAUGUUUCCGAAAUCACCCAUGUGUCCCUGGCGUUUAUGAAUUCGAGCAAGUUUCAUGAGAACAGCCCAAGCGAAUUCCCGCUUUUUACUUCUGUAGAUGCUGUGCGUGAAAAGUUCGCGCCUGACACCAAAGUCAUUAUCGCGAUCGGGGGAUGGGGCGAUACAGCAGGCUUUUCCAUAGGUGCGAAGACUGGUGAAAGCCGAGAGCUCUGGGCAAAGCAUGUCGCGAAAAUGAUCGAGAUGACUGGUGCAGAUGGUAUCGACGUCGAUUGGGAAUUCCCAGGCGGGAACGGUUAUGACUACAAGAUCCAUCCUAAUUCCGAAAAAGAAUGGGAGAUCGCAGCAUAUCCGCUCUUCCUUGCCGCAAUCCGCGACGCCAUCGGUCCCGAUAAAAUUAUCUCGGCGGCUGUCCCCGCGAAGUCUGCAGACAUGCUGGCAUUCACCAAAGAAAACAUGGGUGCAAUCAGCGCACAACUCGACUACCUAAACAUCAUGACGUACGACAUGAUGAGUAUCCGCGAUAAUGUCACGAAUCACCACACAGGGCUCCAAUUGAGUCUUGCGAGUAUCGACGAAUACAUAAGCCGCGGCCUGGACCCGGGCAAGAUAUAUCUGGGCUUCGCAUUCUAUGUCAAAUGGUUCCGUGUAGACCCAGCUAGCGGUUGUACUGCUCAUAAUGCUAUCGGGUGUAGCACUGUAUUGAUGGAAGAUCCAAAUACCGGUGCUGAUCUCGGCAAGGCUGGUGCAUUGGUUUGGGUGCAACAAGUACCGUCGAAUCUGAAGGCAUCCUUCGAAAAGGCCAUGAGCGGCGUGCAAUACGAUGAUAUUGGUGGAGGAAGCUACUACUUCGACGCUGAUGAGAAUAUCUUCUGGUCAUGGGACACGCCAGAUGCGAUCAGAAAGAAAUUCGCUCCUAUCGUCCAGAAGAGGGCACUUAGAGGAGUGUUUGCCUGGGGAUUGGGAGAGGACGCAAAUAAAUUUGAGCAUCUGAAGGCACUGAAUGAGGGUGUAAGGCAAUAUAGGGCUGGUGCCAUUAAUAUGUGA